CGUCCCCCCCCUCCCCUUCUUCCCGCGUCCUCCCUCUUUACUUUUCCCGUCGAUAGUCGUCCGUUGUUCCCGGCCAUGGCGACGAGCGCGAAACGAAAGCAGGAGGAGACGCAUCUGAAGAUGCUCCGGGAGAUGACGAGCUUGCCCCCGAAUAGGAAAUGCUUCGACUGCGACCAGCGCGGCCCGACCUAUGCCAACAUGACAGUGGGCUCCUUCGUCUGUACCACCUGUUCCGGCAUCUUGCGCGGACUGAACCCCCCACACAGAGUGAAGUCCAUCUCUAUGACCACAUUCACACAGCAGGAAAUUGAGUUCCUACAGAAACACAGCAAUGAGGUCUGUAAACACAUCUGGUUGGGCCUCUAUGACGACAGAACCUCAGUUGUUCCAGACUUCCGAGAACCACAGAAAGUGAAAGAAUUUCUUCAGGAAAAAUACGAGAAGAAAAGAUGGUAUGUUCCUCCAGACCAGGCGAGGUCACUAGCCAGCGUCCAAGCCUCUGUGUCUGGCUCCUCAGCUAGCAGCACUGGCAGCACCCCAGAAGUCCAGCCCCUCAAGACCUUGCAGCUCAACAAAACCCCGCCUCGCCAGUCUCCAGGAUUAGGUCGUUCCCAGGCUCAUGGUGUCAGUCAGGAGAAGAAGUUUGACUUGCUGUCAGACCUCGGAGGAGACAUCUUUGCUGGUCCCCCCUCACAGCCCGCCAGUUCUGCCAACUUUGCCAACUUUGCACAAUUCCAAGGCCAAUCAGCAACUCAGGGUAAUUCAAAUGCCAACUUUGCCAACUUCGAGGUGUUUGGCAACUCAGGAAUUCCAUCCAAUUUGGGCACAUCACCCCCCACAAAAUCAUUUUCAUCAGGGGGAGGUGUGCCGAUCCCCUCGGUGUCCAGUGCAGUCCCUGCCCAGUCCCAGAGGAAAAGUUCCAGAGAGGACCGCUAUGCUGCCCUGGCUGAGUUAGACAACGAACUCAGCUCCUCUGCCCCCACAGGCAGCAAUGUGCAAGGGAACAUGUUUGUAGCGGUGCUUGGAUCCUCACCAGCCCAGACUCAGCCAGUCUUACCCAAUAUGCAGCCUGGAUUUGGAGCCGUCCCGUCCACAAAUCCCUUUGUUGCUGCAGCCGUUGCCCCAGAGAUGGCCACCAACCCUUUCCAGACAAAUGGUAGAGCUCCAGCUGCAGCCUCAUUCGGUACUGGCUCUAUGAGCAUGCCUGCCGGCUUUGGGAAUGCAUCCUCUUACUGCUUCCCGACCAGUUUCAGUGGAACCUUCCAGCCACCCUUCCCCGGCCAGGCCCCUAUUCCCUACCCCCAGCCAGGGGCCUAUCACCCUCAGCCUAAUGGCCCUGCAUUCCCAGCCUAUAGUCAAAACAAGCCUUCCAUGACCUUUAGGCAGCCCAUGGCUGGCCCUGGCAUGUCCAAUAACCCAUUCAUGGCAGGAGCCCCUUCCGGAUCUUUUCCCUCUAGUGGCUCCUCUACCAACCCAUUUCUGUAGCACACCUCUGGGUCCCCACCACAAGGGGCCAGCAUGCAGCACAUAUUCAACACGUCUGUUCCUUUACACAACUAGUGACAGUACAUUUCUUAAAAGAAAGACUUUUAAACAAAGAUUUUUUUUUUCUUGAAGAAAAAAGUUUACAACACUAUGAAGGAGUGCAAAGGACUAUAUUUAAGACUAAGGGACUGUUCUGGAAAAAAGAAACAAUUAUACUCUUUGGACUAUAUACAUUAUAUAUAUGAAAUAUAUAUAUAUUUUAUUUUUUUGUUUAUGACUCUAAGGUCUGUGCAUAUCAUUUAUAAUCACAGUUAAGUACAUGUCAUGUAUAACAAAGUACUGAGAUAACAAGGGUGAGUAUAGACACCCCUAGAAAAGCCACUACAUUGUAUCUGCUUAAUUAAGGGUCUGUAGUUUAAGGGUAUUAACAGGGUUCCCAUUCAAGUCCAUGAUCUGCGUGGGUUUUUACCAAGCUAUUGAUGGAUGUAUUUAAUUUGAGAAAGGGAUUAAGGGAUUUUUUUCCUUGAUUUUAGCAUAUACAGGUAGGCUAUAAUACAGCAUUGAAAUUGAGGGGCAAAAAUGUCAUUGAUGAACUUGCAGGUGCAGAGUGCCAUCCUGAAGUGUCACCAGUUGCCUUCUUUCUGAAAUGUUAAAUCCCACAAGUUUUGAAAGGAAUGUAGAUCUGAAACAAGUGGCUGGAUCUACGAAAAGAUGGACGAGUUAUUCCCGGCCUGUUGGUGGAACAGUCAAAUAUACAAUCGCAUGUAUACUUGUCGAUUUCUUGUACUUCUGCACAAAUGUGAAAGCAGUUGGGUUCAUUUGAAAUUCAGGAUGGCUCAGUGGAAAUGUGACUGCCUGAGACUUCCUGCCUCUUCAGAUGAUCGGGUAGGCGAACAGGCAUUUGUUUGCUUUUGGCUAUUCUCAAUGAUAUUUCAUGUGUUCUCUGAGGGUGUAGCUACAGGUGAAGCUGUUCAGAAGCAGCCACAGGGUCUUAUGUAAUGUGGUGAUCUGAAACUCCCACAGGUGAAGGAAAGACAUCUCAUUUGGUCAUGGGUGACCCAUUGCCAUAGUUAAUAAGAAGUACCCAGAUCCAUCCCACCGUUGCACAAAAUUUGAACAUUAAUGCUGUUUUUAUAGUAAUGCCCAUGUCUAAAUCACAAGUCUUGCACAUCUCCUUGCUUCUCGAUUGAAACGCCUCUGAGGAGAAAGGCAGGUGGAAAUUACUUUAAUUUUCUGCAGCUUGCUUUAAUGAGGCAAGGCUGGAACUUUCAAUCUGACAUUUCCUUUUACUUGGCCAGUGGUUGAUUUUGGAGAAUGAGGGUCUCGCUUGUGCCACCAGUUACUAUGUGUUAUUCGUCUUUACAAGAUUAGCUAAGUCAACAUGUACAUAUAUAAAUAUGUGUAAAUAAAAGAUUUUUAA